CGCCCCGUGUGGCUCCCGGAUCCCGGCAACUAGCCAGAGCCAUUUGCUCCCGCCGCGGGGACCCGAGGGAAGGGUGGCGGCAGCGGCGACGACGACGGAGGAGGUGAUAGCGGCGCUGGCGCUAAAGCUGCUUAGAAGUUCCUCACAGUUAAAAAUAAGGAAGUAAAUUUCAAUAAAACAACCUCCUAAAGAAUGGUGAAAUAAUGAAAAGAGCAAUCUGAAUAACUUUUUGGUGAUGUUGCUUAACAAAGUCGAAAUAACAGCAUUCCAGAUCAUGUGGUGAAAUGAGAAAUUUGAAGAAAAUGGAAGCAUUCAUAUUUUUUGUGCUGUGUAUAAUGUUGCCCUUCAUAAGAGGGCACAGUUUUUUUACCUGUGAACCAAUUACUGUUCCCAAAUGUGUGAAAAUGACCUACAAUAUGACAUUUUUCCCUAAUUUGAUGGGACAUUAUGACCAGUCUAUUGCUUCACUGGAAAUGGAGCCUUUUCUCCCUCUAGCAAAUCUGCAUUGUUCUCCAGAAGUUGACAUUUUCCUCUGUAAUGCUUUUGUGCCAGCCUGCACUGAGCAAAUUCAUGUGGUUCCUCCUUGUCGAAAAUUUUGUGAGAGAGUAUACUCUGAUUGUAAACACUUAAUUGAUACUUUUGGGAUCACGUGGCCUGAAGAACUUGAAUGCAGCAGAUUGCAGUAUUGUGAUGAGACUGCUCCAGUUGCUUCUGAUCUUACCACCAAGUUUCAUGACCCACCGAAAACACCAGAACAUGUUCAAAGAGACUAUGGAUUUUGGUGUCCAAGGCAUCUGAAGACAUCUGGUGGACAAGGCUACAAAUUUCUUGGAAUUGACCAGUGUGCACCUCCAUGCCCUAACAUGUAUUUCAAAAAUGAUGAAUUGGAAUUUGCAAAAAGUUUCAUUGGAAUUGUUUCAAUAUUUUGCCUUUGUGCAACUUUGUUCACCUUCCUGACUUUUCUAAUUGAUGUUAAAAGAUUUAGGUACCCAGAAAGACCAAUUAUAUAUUAUUCUGUCUGUUAUAGCAUUGUAUCAUUAAUGUACUUUAUUGGAUUUUUGCUAGGCAAUAGCACAGCCUGUAAUAAGGCAGAUGAAAAACUAGAACUUGGUGAAACAGUUGUUUUGGGCUCCCAAAAUAAGGCUUGUACUGUUCUCUUUAUGCUUUUGUAUUUUUUCACAAUGGCAGGCACUGUAUGGUGGGUGAUUCUUACCAUUACUUGGUUUUUAGCUGCAGGAAGAAAGUGGAGUUGUGAAGCGAUUGAACAAAAGGCUGUGUGGUUUCAUGCAGUUGCCUGGGGGAUGCCUGGUUUCUUGACAGUUAUGUUACUAGCUAUGAACAAAGUUGAAGGGGACAACAUCAGUGGUGUUUGUUUUGUUGGCCUUUACGACCUAUAUGCUUCUCGAUACUUUGUUUUGUUGCCUCUGUGCCUUUGUGUGUUUGUUGGAUUGUCUCUUCUUUUAGCUGGCAUCAUUUCUUUAAAUCAUGUACGGCAAGUUAUACAGCAUGAUGGAAGAAAUCAAGAAAAACUCAAGAAAUUUAUGAUUAGAAUUGGAGUCUUCAGCGGUUUGUACCUUGUUCCAUUAGUGACACUUCUUGGAUGUUAUGUUUAUGAGCAGAUAUACAGAAUUACCUGGGAAACAACUUGGGUCUCUGACCAUUGUCAUCGAUACCAUAUCCCAUGCCCCCAUCAGGCAAAAACAUUAGCACGUCCAGAAUUGGCAUUGUUUAUGAUAAAAUAUCUGAUGACAUUGAUUGUUGGAAUCUCUGCAGUCUUUUGGGUGGGAAGCAAAAAGACCUGCACAGAAUGGGCCAGUUUUUUCAACAGAAAUCGCAAGAGAGAUCCCAUCAGUGAGAGCAGAAGAGUGCUGCAAGAAUCUUGUGAAUUUUUCUUAAAACACAAUUCUAAAGUUAAACAUAAAAAGAAGCACUACAAAUCAAGUUCACAUAAACUAAAAGUAAUUUCCAAAUCUAUGGGAACCAGUACAGGAGCUUCAGCAAAUCAUGGAAUAUCUGCAGUAGCGAUUGCUAAUCAUGAUUAUUUAGGACAAGAGACUUUGACAGAAAUCAAAACGUCCCCAGAAACAUCUGUGAGAGAAACGGGAGCAGAUGGAUCCUGCAGUCAGAAAACAAGAGAAAAUAAUGUGGCAGAGCAUGCAUCACCUGCAGAUUGUAGUUCUAAACUGUCUGUGGAACAAAUAGAAAGAAGAUGCAAGUCAGGAAAUUCAAAUGAUAAGAACAGUAUAUCUGGAAGUGUGCGGAGUGAAGGAAGGGUAACCCCAAAAGCCAGUUUUACUGAAACUCACCUACUACAGAGUAGCAAUUUGCAGAUAUCCAGCACUUCACAACCAGGUAGUCCAAAAGGCUCUACAUCACUCCUCAUCCACUCUGCUUUGGACAUUGGGAAAGAACAGAAUUCUGGAAAUAAUUCAGAUACUUGAAAAAAGAAAAUCGCCAUACAAUUUCACUUAUAACUACUAACCCCAAAGGGGAUUCAUGUUACACUGGAAAAGAACAAUGCACUAAGCCUUAUAAAUGCCUUUGUAUAUAUCUCUCAUUUUGCACAUAGAGUUACAUUGCCUCCUGUUACAAUGGAGAGAAGAGAUUUCAAGAGUGCUUUGUCAGUUUAUAAAGAGACUAAUAAUAUAGCAAAAGGCUUAAAGAACUGAAUUGCACAGGUUUAAUGAUAAUAGGACAAAUAUGGAGAUGGUGGAAAGAAGAAUCCUUUUCUUAAGUUAAUGAACAUUGUCCUAAAAUUUAUCUUAUUGUAAGUUGACAUUUCACUUUUGUGAGUUGUCAAGAUUUUAUUUUACUUCAGUAAUUUUAAUCUAACUCUUCCAACUUGUUUUCUUUAUUUUAAAAGUAAGUAUAUAAAGAUUUGUUAAAAAAAAACUAUUUAAGUUUUGUGCUAUACUGUUGUGCCAUUAUUUCAUUUUAACAUUGUCAUUGGUAAUUUUUACACUGAGCUUCAAAGAAAAAUUAGGGAGUGGAAUAGAAAUGAUAACAGCACCUAUCUUAUUAGUAACAGAUAGAUGUAUUUUAAAUGGCACAUUUAAAAUAAUCAAAAUACUUUGUGCUACAUGAUUCUUCUUCAAAUAAAUUAUAUAGAAUCUACUCAGGUGCCUUAGGAUUUUGCUGAACAUUCAACAUUUUGUAUCAAUGAUAUUAAUGUCUCAAAGAUAAGAAAUAUGGUUAUGAUAAAUCAAAAAAUUUUUCCAGCAUAUUUUAAAAUUUAAAUAUAUUUCUUCACAUCAUUUUAUUUCAUAUCAAAUAAAAUGUUUAGUAACUUACUGCCUUAAAUAAUAUGUUGUGAGAAUCAAAUGAAAUAAUACCCAUAAAGUGCUUUGCAAAACAUAAGGUGCUCUAUAAAUAUUAGCUAAUAUUAUUAUCAUAGUAAUCAUUCAGUGUAAUAUAAAAUAUAAAAUAGAAUUAUACUUGUGAUUUCAUAGUUAUUGGAAACCCUUUUACCAAUUCAUCUGGAUACCUGCUUUGCAACUUCUGAUUUUAGAGAAUUAUCAGGGCCACUUGAUAAGUUAAAUGACUUGCCCCUUUGCUACUAUAAAGGCAUAAUUUGAAUUCAGGUCUUCUUGGUUCCAAAUCUAUUUUUCUUUCUUCUGUGCCUUUCUGCCUAUCAAAAUGCAAUCCACUAUCUAAAUGCUCUUAAAAUGACAAUUUAUAUGUUUUUUGCCAUCUGUCUUUAAAAAUUUAAAAUUUGUAAAUAAUUUUGUAUGUCCAUAGAAAUUUUAGAAGUUUCUACUGAGAUGAAAUGCCUAAUUAAUUUUAGAAAUAGUUCUUUUGUGCAGCUGAAUUUUGGUGCUGUUCAAGUGUAACUAAUAUGGUAUUGUGCUAUUCAUGAAAUUUCUGUGUGAUUUACCUUUUACUUUUUUUUGGUUUUAGUUCAUUAAGACAAUAUUCUAAAGGACUCUUUGAUGUUCCCUCUUUAAAGAAAAAAAAAGAUUUCAUGACCUCUUAAGAAUGUUUACUUUCACAAUUGGUAGAUAAGUUGAUUUUAACUCUCUGAAGAAAAAUACUAUUUCUAUUGCUCAGAGGAAUUUUGUAUGAUAAUUUUUACCAAAAAAUGUACAAUAGAGCAUAUAAUGUAAAUCAAGGUGUUCUCCCUACACAGAAAGAUGUAUCAAAACUUCACUUGGUUUUUAAUUGUGCUUCUUAUUAGUAAUAGGGUAUAUUUUAAAUGGCACAUUUAAAAUAAUCAAAAUACUUUGUACCACAUGAUUCUUCUUCAAAUAAAUUGUAUAAAAUCUAUUCAAGGGCCUUAGGAUUUUGCUGAAUGUUCCAUUGAAGUGUAUUUUGUAUCAGUAAUAUUAGUGUCUCAAAAAUAAGAGAUGUAGUCAUGGUAAGCUGAAAAAAUUUUUCCAGCAUAUUUUGAAAUUUAAAUAUAUUUCUUCACAUUAUUUUAUUUCAUAUCAAAUAAAAUGUUUAUUAAUUUAUUGCCUUAAAUAAGAUUCCCUGAUGCUUUUGAUUUUUCCUGUUUGUUUUGCAUACACAAUUGAAGUAUAAAGAAAAUAUUCAAUAUACUACAUUAAAAUGAUGUAAAUAUUAAUGUUUUUACAUUUACAAAUGUGAGCUUUAUAUAGACUUUCAACUAUAUAUGACUUUGUAUACUUUUCCAACCAUUUGUAUGAUCUUUUCCAUAAUAAAAUAUCAUUUGUUAAAGCCA